UUUAUUAACAAGUUACAAUCGUUAAUGAGUUUCCAAAUCCACCAGCAAUCUUUUAGUACUUCUCUCUCUCUCUCUCUCUCUCUCUUUGUGUGUAUGUGUGUAAAGAUCACACAGAACAAGAUUUUUCUGCAUAAAUACACUCAACAAGGCCUUUGAAGCUCUCCUAUAUCUUGGACUCGAUGGGUUUUCCUCAACCUCCAAAUCCUUCACACCUUUCUCAGGCAGUUCAACUUAAGCUUUACCAAGCUUUCAUAUUCUCAAUUCCCAUCCUUUUUUCUAUUAUUCUCCUUCUGCUGUUUUACUUGUUCUACCUCAAGAGGAGAGCUUCCAUUCUCUCAUAUCCUCCACCAAUACUUCCUAUAAGUUCUAAUCCAGCUAAUUCAUUUAUUACCUUAACAUGUGAGGUAGGUCUGAAGGGGGAUAUCAAGGACAAGCUUCCAGUAAUCUUAUUUGAUGAGGAACUAAGGACAAGGGAAUCACAAUGUUGCGUAUGCUUGGGAGAAUUCGAGAUCAAAGAAGAGUUGCUCCAAAUCCCAUUGUGCAAACAUGUGUUUCAUGUUGAAUGCAUACAUCACUGGCUGCACUCGAACUCAACUUGUCCACUCUGCAGACGCUUGGUGAUCGUCCCCACCACCAAACUUCACAAUCCUGCUCCACCUACUAUAUCAGAGGCCUUCCAGCAAGAAACCACAACAGCUUCCAACCAGCAGCAACAGAGUGAAUCAUCGGAACAACAGCAGCAGCAACAACAAGAAGACGAUGAUAGCUCAAAUAUCACCAAUAUAUCAAGAGAACAGAUAACAGUAGCCAUUGAAGGAUCAUCGAGUGUGAGUGUAUAUUUAAUGGAGUGCUCUGGCCGAUUACCUUAGUAGUGAGUACUAUUCCGUUUGUAGGGAGAAUGAGAUGGUUCAAAAUCAAGAAUCAGCAGUUCUCCAUAGCAGAACACCAUAAAUUAUGGAGCAUAUCAUGCCUUCUUUUCCAAGUUGGAAUAAGUGCACUAGUUACACACCAGUUCUGAAGGCUUGUUGGCAGGCACAUGCCUGUUGAACAUUCACAUUCUUUUUGCUGUGUUAUUGCUUUUCCAACUUUUUUUAAGGCGGCUAAUGUUAGUAUUAGUGAAGCAGAGGGAAGAUCAGCAUAGUUCUGGAUGCAGUCAUUUGAGGUUUGUGUAAUUUGCUUUUUCUCACUUCAUGCAAUAGUAGAAAUGGAAAGUCACCGGAGGAUAGAAAGAACAACUCUAAAUCUUAAUUUCCUUUAUUUUUGUAAGAGAAUUGAAACUGCUAUGCAAGGAGUCCAUUCAAGAAAUUAUGCAAUUAUCAUAAUUUUGGUGAGCA